AGGAAGUUCCACAACAGUGGAGCGGUAGCGAGAGACAGAGGAGUAAUAGAAAUCACUCCACCUGAACUGACGAGAAAAAGAACAGACAAGGGAACACUUGGACAUGGCCUCAGAGAUCCACAUGCCAGGCCCAGUGUGCCUCAUUGAGAACACCAAAGGGCAACUGAUGGUUAAUCCAGAAGCCUUGAAGAUCCUGUCUGCCCUUACCCAGCCUAUGGUGGUGGUGGCUAUUGUGGGCCUCUACCGCACAGGCAAGUCCUACCUGAUGAACAAGCUGGCUGGGCAGAAAAAGGGUUUCUCUCUGGGCUCCACGGUGCAGUCUCACACCAAAGGAAUCUGGAUGUGGUGUGUGCCUCACCCCAAGAAGCCAGAACAUACCUUAGUUCUGCUAGACACGGAAGGCCUGGGAGAUGUAGAGAAGGGUGACAACCAGAAUGACUCCUGGAUCUUUGCCCUGGCCAUCCUCCUGAGCAGCAUCUUCGUGUACAACAGCAUGGGAACCAUCAACCAGCAGGUCAUGGACCAACUGCAUUUCGUGACAGAGCUGACAGAUCAAAUCAGAGCAAAAUCCUCACCUGAUGAGAAUGAGGUUGAGGAUUCAGCUGAGUUUGUGAGCUUCUUCCCAGACUUUGUGUGGACUCUGAGAGAUUUUACCCUGGACUUGGAAGCACAUGGAAAAACUAUCUCAGCAGAUGAGUACCUGGAGCUUUCCCUGCAGCUAAAGCAAGGUACCGGUCAAAAAGUUAAAAAUUUUAAUUUGCCCCGUCUCUGUAUCCGGAAGUUCUUCCCAAAGAAGAAAUGCUUUAUCUUCGGUCAGCCUACAUACCGGAAGAAGCUAUCCCAGCUCGAGACACUACAUGAUAAUGAGCUAGACCCCGAAUUUGUGCAACAAGUUGAAGUCUUCUGUUCCUACAUCUUUAGCCAUUCCAAAGUUAAAACACUUUCAGGAGGCAUCAAGGUCAAUGGACCUCGUCUAGAGAACCUGGUGCUGACCUAUGUCAAUGCCCUCAACAGUGGGGAUCUGCCUUGCUUGGAGAACGCAGUCCUGGCCUUGGCCCAGAUAGAGAACUCAGCUGCAGUGCAAAAGGCCAUUGCCCACUAUGACCAGCAGAUGGGCCAGAAGGUGCAGCUGCCCACAGAAACCCUCCAGGAACUGCUGGUCUUGCACAGGGCCAGUGAAAGAGAGGCCACUGAAAUCUUCAUCAGGAGUUCCUUCAAAGAUGUAGAUCAUCUAUUUCAAAAGGAAUUAGCGGCCCAGCUAGAACAAAGGCAGGAUGACUUUUACAAACAGAAUCUGAAAGCAUCAUCAGAUCGUUGUACAGCUUUACUUCAGGAUAUUUUCAGUCCUCUAGAAGAAGAAGUGAAGGAGGGUAUUUACUCUACACCAGGGGGCUAUCGUCUCUUUAUACAGAAGAUACAACACCUGAAGAAAAAGUACCUUCAGGAACCGAGGAAGGGGAUACAGGCUGAAGAGAUGCUGCAGACGUACUUGAGGUCCAAGGAGUCUGUGACUGAUGCAAUUCUACAGACAGACCAGAUUCUCACAGCAAGGGAAAAGGAGAUUGAAGUGGAACACGUGAAGGCUGAAUCUGCACAGGCUGCAGCAAAAAUGUUGGAGGAAAUGCAAAAGAAGAAUGAGCAGAUGAUGGAACAGAAAGAGAAGAGCUAUCAGGAACAUGUGAGACAAUUGACAGAGAAGAUGGAGAGAGACAGGGCCCAGCUGUUGGAAAAGCAAGAGAGGACCCUCGCUCUUAAACUUGAGGAACAGGCCCGACUGCUACGGGAUGGAUUCUGAGAUGACAGCAAAAACUUCAAGAUGAGAUAGAGAAUCUCCAAAGUAAUAUGAACAAACCAAGAAAGAGAUGCACCAUAAGCUAAAGACAUAAAGAAUAGAGCUUUCCUGUCACUCUUACCCAAGGCAUAACUGAAACAAUUUUAGAAUUUAAAACAAGUGUUACUGCAGUUGAUAAUCAUUAGGUCUUGCAUUGUAACACCAGAGGUUUGCAAAGACAGGCAGUACAAUAAUUGAAAUCAUGUUCAUAUUCUAAAACAAUUGUCAAUUGUGUAACAAGGAUGCAUUUCACCUCUGUAGUAGCACAGGAGGGAUCGUGAGCUGGUACCGCUCAGGAGAAGUAUAUUCUUCCAGAUAAUCUACAGUAGACAAAUGGGUACUGAUCCGAGUCUUAGGUAAAAGUCUUGGGGCAUAGUUGAGUACCAGUUUGGCCAAGUACACAAUGGGUCAGGGACAACUCUCUCAGCUUCUUAGUGAAGACAAUGUACAGUUCUCCAUAUGUCAAUGUCAGUCUAUGAACAAUAAUGUGUUUUCAGGACUUUAGCAAUGGAUAAUCGUCACUUAUGGACUUUAAGCUAAAGCAAACCACUUUAUAGUAUAUAAAGAUCUAGAAUCUAUAUAUAAUCUCCACAGACAGAUGGAAGAAACCACUAGCAUGAGUAGGAGUUGGGUCAUAAACUUAAAAACUUUUGGGUCAUAAACAUAAAAACUUUUCCUUCUUGUUCAGUUCAUCCAGAUUAUAAAUUUAAUGGGACACUUUAGAUCUUUAAGCAAUUGACACUGGAUUAAACAGAGUAACAUGGUGACAAUUGUGCACUGUGUAUUUAUAGAAGGUAUAAUUUGCAAAGAUGGACUUGAAAUGAUAGACUUGAAAUGAAGAUGGAUAAUGUGUUAGAAAACUGAACUAAUUUAAUUAUUUGAUUGUAUAUAAUCCUAAAACUUAGGCUGAUCUUUUCCUAAUUCUUAACAGUCAUACUUGAAAUCCUGCUGAUUAUCCCCAAAGAGAAUGUGGAAUGUUUUUGACAUUUUUUGAUCAAUAGAAUAAUGCUCUUAUUACUUAUUUUUUGUAGACUUUAUCCUAAUUGUCAAAAGUCCUAAGUAAGUGGUUGAUGUUUCUUGUAGCAAUUAAGAAUUAAUUUUG